UGCACAUGUCAGCGCUUUCCUUGUCUGACUACAACAACUGUGGCAUCUUGAUGUAGAGUGUAAGUUUUAGGCUGAAGAAAGAGAUCAAUAGGUCAAGUGACACUAUAGUUGCAGUUGCAUUCAGUGUGCUGGAUCUAAGAAGACAGACUCGUUAAAGCUGCAGGAUGGCCAAAAGAAAGAAAACCAAACAGGGUAAAAGUAAAACCAUCACCCUGAAAGUUGUUCAGAACUGCCUGGAGUUGACGCUGGAUGGUAAACAUCGUCUGAAUCUCAGUUUUAAGGAGGUUGCCGUGGUGCCGAAGUGCAUCCAGAAGCUGUGUAAUGUGGAUGAACUGGACCUGAGCAGGAACCUGAUCAGAAAGGUCCCCGACUUUAUUGAAAGUUUCAUCAGCAUUCAGGUUUUGGAUCUGCACAGCAACUGUCUGGAGCAGCUCCCCGAGACUAUCGGCCGUCUCCAGAACUUGCUGGUUUUGAACCUGUGUAACAACCAUCUGACGAGCCUCCCCAGAGAGCUCCGCCUGCUGAAGAAACUCCACACCCUCAACCUGGGUCUCAACCAGCUGGAAACUCUUCCCCCCUCCAUCGGCACUCUGGAGGAGCUCCGUCACCUCGGCCUCUCUGACAACCGAUUAACCCGUGUCCCUGGCUGCCUUUCGAGGCUGAAAAAGUUGGAGUGGGUCAACCUGGACAGGAACCCCAUCCGCACUGAGGAGGCACUGGGCCACGAGUCACUUGUACUAACAGAAAGACUUUACCUGGUCAAGGACAGCUUCCUGUGUGAGGACUGCCUGAAGAGGUGCCGAACUGAGAGGAAGAAGGUGGAGAAAGGAAACCAAGAUUGGGAGUACCCAAUUUGAUGACUCAGGAUGACAGGGAGAUGCAGAGAUUGAUUUCACUUAAAAAUACAUGCAUAUAAAUGUUUGAUUACUUAAGUAUUAUUCCUUUUUGUACCUUCACAGUACUAUAGCACAGUCUGCUGUUAUGAAUAGUUACAAACUGACUUUUGUGGAGCUGGUAUCCAUAAUGCAUUCUAGUCAAAGACAGUCAUCACUUUUAUAACUUGUGUUUUCUAUUCAAACUGCAUUUAUAACUAAAAGGUCACGAUUUUCAGAGUAAAGGGUAACAUUGUUAAAAUGAAUUAGAUUCAUAUCCUCUUUGAUGACAGAAACCUAAUCUGGUUUCACUUGAUUUUUCAGGUAAACAAGUGUAAAAAUACAGUUCUAAAGCAGCAUAAAGAAAACUGUGAUCAGUGAUGACAGCUGUAUAAUUGUGAACAACAUGCAGGUUGUGACUGCACUGUAAAUACUGUUCUGUGCUACAUGUAUUGACAAUAUCUUUGGCCUAGAGGGCAGCAAAGACUAACAGAGGCCACAAAUACUCACUGAGCAUCAGUACGUUCAUCAAACAGCACGUUCUUGUCAUUGAUUCUGAAUGUUCUAACAAUAAACUAUGUUAAAUUAGCUUUAAUUUAAUUAAAAGUAGUCUAUCAGGACAUUACUGUAGGCAAUACCAUGGAUGCUUAUGUGUUUAUUUGAAAGGUGUUGAAAUAAGGCAGUGCUGAUUUCUGAACAUCACAUGUAAUCUUCACUGUAGAACAUGAAGAUACAGACUUGGUCACAGCAAUGUGUGAUAAACUGUUUAAAAGAAAAAUAAAGCAAAGCUACACCAGGGAGAGAUCUAGUUUGUUUGAGUAAAGCUACUUAGAAAAGGUAGUUUGAACUAUUUUGUAAAAUAAUUGAUCAAAUUGACAAUGUACGUGUGGUACGGGAUUAUAACAAAAUAAAAAAAGUCACA